AUGGAUCAAACAAUGCUCAAUACCACUAUUGCCACCGUGUUCAAGGCUAUGAACAACCAAAUUGCCCAACAGAAAUGCCACAGCUAUGGUUUCUUCAUGAGGCACUUGACGCGUUCGCAAUUGGAUGGUAUAUUCUGGGGCUUGUUCUGCUUCCAGAUAGCUGCCCUAGUUGGGGAGGUUCAGAUCUAUGACAGAGUGCGUAACAAAAACGAGCUACUGAAAAAGAUGAAGGCAAGCGACAUGCUGAUCGAUGCCGUUGAGAUCGAUGAAUCGGAGAGAGCCUUCCGUAGGCUCUCCAAAUUCUGCCUGGCCUUCUCGUUCUCCAUGUUCCUUCUUCUAUGCAACUCUCUAGCGAUGCAGAUAAUCGCUGCUCAAGCCAUUCUUUUCUGCCACCAGGAAUCACUGACGCACCUGUACUCUCCCAUCUGGACGGUCUUUGCUCUUGGCAUCACGUUUGCUACAUUUGGUUGCUGCAUUCAACAGAUGUAUCACCUCAAUGAUUUUGAUCUGCCGGGCUUUGGCGUCGCUUUGGGCACGCCUAUCUUAGUGAUAAGCGCGCUGAGUCAUUACCUGACUGCAUAUAUCAGCCAGCCCGACCACGAGGCUGAUUUGAGGUUCUCGGAAAGUCGGAGCAGGAUGAGAAGAGGCGAUGUCGCUGGCAUUCGCCACGGCGCUUCUCCCAAUGUGGAGAAGAAUGCAGCUUCCCAAAUUCCUACGCCCAUAAGACCGACUCCGCCCGGCCUGGAGUAA